AUGCCUUCCACCACCCAGAUAAUCUCCGCCCUGGUCGUCACAGCCGCCGUCGGCGUCCAGGCCGCCAUGGGCCCGGCCUUCAGCACUGGUCCCGUCGCCUCUGACUCCUUCAUCCGCGAGGCCACCUCCACCCUCGUCCUCCCUGCCGCUCCCUCCAACAAUAAGGGCGACGCUUCCCUCUGGGUUGGCAUGGGCACCUCUAACGGCGACCUGAUUCAGUCCAUCUCCGACAGCAGCAACUACGACAACACCGGCACCGAUAAGUGGUCCAUCUACGCCUACACCCUCCUCAGCACGGGCCCCAACUCCCAGAUGCCCGUCCAGACUGAUGGCACUGACGCUUCUGAGGGUGACAAGAUCACCAUGCACUAUAAGUUCGACGAUGCUUCCCAGAACUACACCCAGACCGUCUCCAUCAACAACAAGGUCGUCGCUACUCUUUCUACCAAGGACGGCAAGGCCCAGGGCUGGGGCAGUGCUGUUGAGUGCGCCGCCAAUGACUGUGGAACCAUGGGUGCUCACUCCUGGAUCAACACCAAAAUCAUCCUCGACAAGGCCGAUGCCAACUACAUCGACACCUUGGGCAAGGGCAACGGCGUCACCGGCGACAUGUCCACCAAAGACGGCGGCAAGACCUGGACCGUCACCACCAUCCAUAUCCCCAAGUUCACCUUUGGCCAGUAA